AACCCUAGUUUUUCUUCAUUUUUCACUGUCUCAACUCUGAACUCUCAACUCUCUCGGACAGAUUUUCACAGAGAGAUCCUUGGUGUAUCUGUUUUGAGCCUCUUCAAUGGCUCGGUAUUUGUUGUACGAGACAGCUUCAGGCUAUUCAUUGUUUUUGGCUCAUGGUCUCGAUGAAAUCGGCCAAAACACAGAGGCGGUUCGGAGCUCCAUUACCGAUAUGAACAGGUUCGGUAAGGUCGUUCAGCUCACGGCUUUCCAGCCUUUUGCUUCCGCUCUUGAUGCUCUGAAUCAGUGUAACUCUGUUUCUGAAGGGCUUAUGACUGAUGAGUUGAGGAACUUUUUGGAGCUUAAUCUUCCAAAAGUCAAGGAAGGAAAGAAGCCGAAAUUUAGUCUAGGUGUAUCAGAGCCCAAGAUUGGGUCACAUAUAUUUGAAGUGACAAAGAUUCCUUGUCAAAGCAAUGAGCUUGUUCUUGAACUUCUUCGUGGUGUGCGGCUGCAUUUUGAUAGGUUCAUUAAAGAGUUAAAGCCUGGUGACCUAGAAAAAGCUCAGCUUGGUUUGGGGCACAGUUACAGUAGGGCAAAGGUGAAGUUCAAUGUCAACCGAGUGGACAAUAUGGUUAUUCAAGCCAUUUUCCUUCUCGAUACUCUUGACAAGGACAUCAAUUCCUUCUCCAUGAGAGUCAGAGAAUGGUACUCAUGGCAUUUCCCUGAACUAGUCAAAAUUGUCAAUGACAAUUAUCUCUAUGCCAAGGUUGUAAAACUUAUAGAGGACAAGUCAAAGUUGUCUGAUGAUAUUAUUCCACCUUUAAUAGACAUACUUGGAGAUGAAGAUAAGGCCAAAGAGAUUGUGGAAGCUGGAAAAGCAUCAAUGGGGCAGGAUUUAUCUGCUGUUGACUUGAUUAAUGUCCAGAUGUUUGCUCAGAAGGUAAUGAACCUUUCUGAGUACAGGAAGAAGCUAUAUGAGUAUCUGGUUACUAAAAUGAAUGACAUUGCACCAAAUUUGGCCUCGUUGAUUGGUGAAGUUGUUGGGGCUCGGUUGAUUUCCCAUGCUGGUAGUCUCACAAAUCUAGCUAAGUGCCCAUCAUCCACCCUACAGAUCCUUGGUGCUGAGAAAGCUCUCUUCAGGGCAUUAAAAACUCGAGGAAACACACCAAAGUAUGGUUUGAUUUUUCACUCAUCUUUCAUUGGUCGAGCAUCUGCAAGGAACAAGGGUCGAAUGGCUCGUUAUUUGGCAAACAAAUGUUCCAUUGCAUCUCGCAUUGACUGUUUUGCUGAAAGCAACACUACUGUUUUUGGUGAGAAACUUCGGGAGCAAGUUGAAGAGCGACUAGACUUUUACGACAAGGGAGUUGCACCUCGUAAAAACAUCGAUGUGAUGAAAGCUGCAAUUGAAAGCACUCAAAAUAAUGAUAUGGAAACAGAAGAAGCUUCAGCUAAGAAAAGCAAGAAAAAGAAGUCAAAAUCUGCUGAUGCAGAGGAUGGUGAACCUAUGACAGUGGAUAAUGCAGAUGCUUCUGAGGAAGCUAAAUCAGAGAAGAAGAAGAAAAAGAAGGAGAAGCGAAAACUAGAUGAGGAGACUCAGCCGGAGGAUAAAUCAAAUGGUGUUAUUGGGCAUGAUGCUCAUGAAGAUGGAGCAGCCAAGAAGAAGAAAAAGAAGAAGUCCAAGGAUGAAGGAGACGAUGUGCAGUCUGCUGGUGAGGCUAAAAAGAAAAAGAAGAAGAAAUCUAAAGUUGAAGAUGAAGAGUAAAAUUUGAUGAGUGUUGAUAACUUCUGUACUGCUGCCAGUUUACAAGAGUUUUGGAUGUCUACAAGAUGUUACUUGUAGAAGUCCUGUAGGGAUUCUAGUAGAUAUGGUUCUAUGCUUUCCAAUUACUCUGGCUAAAUGUUUAACUUCCUUCCAAAGUUUAUGUUUUGUUUCUACAAUCUAUCUAUCGUUUUGUGGUAGCUAAAAUUUAAUACAAUUAUUGGGCAGUUAAUUAA